AUGAUAUCUAGAAUAUUGUAUUGUUUUGUCUACUUAUUUUUGCUAGAUGAAGUUAUCGGAAUUAACUUAGGAGCUGAGGUUAGUAUUAGAGAUGUAAUAAAUAAAGUUGUGAAUAUUUAAGAAUCAAACAACAGAUGUUCGGAAUUCUGAAGUUCAGAUAAAGAAGUUGCUAGGAGAUGAUAUUCGACAGGUAUGAGAACUUCUAAGUCUUUCAAACUCAUUCCGUUCUUUCUUCAGAUAAAUACAACCCAAGAAUCAGUUGAUGAAUUAACAAAUCAUUGGGUUGAACAAGCACUUUCGGCACUUAUUUCAGCUGCAGCGAAUAAUAAAUUAGCUACAGUAUCUCAUAUUGAUAGAAGAAUGCAUGAAAAAUGUAUCAAAGAUAUUAAAACAAUUGAGGAACACGCAAAAUGUGUUAGUGAAUUAUUAGAAGUUUCGAGAGCAAAUAUUCGAAAACAUGAGGGAAAUCGGAAAAUGAUUAAGAAAUUGAUGGAAAUUGAAGAUGGGAGUUGGAUUGGAGCAUUUAGAAUUCGAAAAAAGAGACAAACAAAUAUUAUAUCAAAAUCAAAUUAUGUUUUGAAAUCUUCGAAAGAUGUUUCGCCUUUUACUAUGGUUGCGAAACAAAUCACAAAAACUGUAAGAGCAAUGAAAAAUAAAAAAGAAGAUCGGAAUUGGAGACAAAUUAUGGUUGAUGUUAAAAAGACUGGAGAAGUUAUUGAAAAUCGGAAGAAAGUUAAAGAAAUGUUGGGAAAAAGUGUGAAAAGUAGAAGUCGACCAGAGAGAUAUGAUGAAAGAAAACCAUUAGCAGUAAGUUAAGGUGUUAUGAGUCUUUGAAAAAUUCUGAAUUUUCAGCAUGACGAUAUCGAUGAUUAUGAUCUUCCAGUUACCACUGCAAAAUCUGCUAUCAACACCGAUGAACUAUUCCAAAGACUUCAAGAUCAUCCAGAAGAAAUCCUAAACGAUAAUUCUGCGGAUGUUUUCAAUUUAACUGAUAAGAAUGCAGAAGCAGUUCUUCGAAUCAAAUUGAUCAGAGAAACUGUAAAGUUAGGUUUACAAGUCAGCGGUCAGAACACAACUGAUUUCGACAAGAAAAGUUUGCGAUUCGCGUCACCGAGAUUUUUCGCAAUAACUCCAGAAGAACAUAAAAGAGAAAAUGAUACGGUAAAAAAAUGAGCACCUUUUUUCAAAGAGAACUGUUGUAAUUAUUUUCAGAUAAAUGUUCUUUCACCAUCUUUGUUCUCUUUGCACGGCGAAGGAACGAAUGAAGAAAAACAAUUGGCUUUGUCAAACUUAUUGCCAGACAUCUCACAUAGUGAAGGAGAUAAAGAUGCGUGGAUGGAUAUGUUAACAGAAAUAAGUGGAGUAGCAGAUACAGUAGAUGAUGCAGCAACAAAAGUAGCUAGAGAAUCAGAAGGUGUCCUAAUGAACACAAAAGGAGAAGAGAUAAAUGUAUCCAAAGAAAACAUUACCAAUAUUUAUGGAGAAGAAGGUUAUCGAAAAAUGAAAGUAAUUGAAAAAUUGAAUGGAAUGUAUACAAAACAACAGAUGGAACAAUUCAAUACAACUGGAUUUGCUAUAAUGACUGAUGAACAAAAAGAAAUUAUGUAUGGAAAAGGAGCACCUUAUGAAAAUUUGGAAACUAUUCAAGCAUCCAAGAAUUUGACUAUGACAAAAGCAAAGAAAGCACUACACACGGUAUGUUGAAUAGUUUAGGAGAUAGAGCAAAAUUGAAAAUUUCAGACUAUCAAAGGAUUGGCGGAAGGUGAUGUGAAAUUGGGAAAAUACGACAAGCGUAUGAAAGACAUAGUUUUGUCACCGGUAAGAUACGAAUAUCUAUACGAAUAGGUAAAAAUGAAUAAUAAAAUUUCAGCUAAUCCUCACUUCAAUCGUAGCCAAUCCAGUUGCCGCUUCUCAAGCUCUUAUCCUAUCUCCAGUACUGUUUACAUCACUUAUCUUGUCGCCAGCAAUUUAUGGUUCGGUUAUUUUAUCACCUUGGUUAUUUGUCCCCGUUAUUCUUGCUCCCCGUCUUAUGUCGCCAAUCAUUGUAUCACCAGCUAUAUUUUCCCCAAUCAUUCUAUCACCAUUAGCCCUCGAUGCUCUAGUUUUGGUGCCAGGAGUGGCAAAUCCUUUCGUUCUAUCACCAUUCGUUAUGUGUCCAUUUAUCUUAUCUCCACAAGUUAUGACACCCCUUAUCCUUUCACCCUUUGCUCUUUCACCAUUCAUCCUCACACCAACCGCAUUAUCCCCUCUUGUCCUAUCACCGUUUGUCUUGUCACCCGCUGUUUUGUCGCCUUCAUUUGUCACAGCUGUAAUUCUUUCACCAUAUGCCUUAUCACCAAGUGUUCUCUCACCACCAACAAUGAUUAGUGUAUUUGCCUCACCAAGUAUUUUGUCAUAA